AUGUUUGUCAGCUACCUGAUAAUAACAUUGCUCCACGUUCAAAUAGCAUUGUCAGCAAGACCUGGGGGAGAGAGUAUUGGCUGUGAUGACUACUUGGGGUCUGACAAGGUCGUGGACAAAUGCGGAGUGUGUGGAGGUGAUAAUACAGGUUGCCAGGUUGUGUCAGGUGUGUUUAAGCAUGCCCUUACUAGCCUGGGCUAUCACCGAGUUGUCGAGAUUCCACAAGGAGCCACAAAAAUCAACAUCACAGAGAUGCAUAAGAGCAACAACUACUUAGCCUUGCGAAGCCGUUCUGGUCGCUCCAUCAUCAAUGGCAACUGGGCUAUUGACAGGCCUGGGAAAUACGAGGGUGGAGGAACAAUGUUUACCUACAAGCGUCCGAACGAGAUUUCAAGCACUGCCGGCGAGUCCUUCUUGGCCGAAGGGCCCACUAAUGAGAUCUUGGAUGUCUAUAUGAUCCACCAGCAGCCCAACCCGGGAGUCCACUACGAGUAUGUUAUCAUGGGGACCAACGCCAUCAGCCCACAGGUACCACGUCACAGGAGACCAGGGGAGCCUUUCAAUGGCCAGCUGGUCCCCGAUGGAGGGAGCCCGGAGGACAUGGAAGAGGAGAAAGAGCGGAGUGAGGAGAAGGAUGAUAUGCAUGGAGGAGCUCCUGAAGUGUUCACCUCGGAAUCUGCUCAGACCUUCCCAGUCAGACUUCCCGAUCGAUUUUCUCCCCACCCACCAGACAACGUGGUGCCCCCAGUCCCACAGCCCCCUCGACGAAGCCGAGAUUACAACUGGAAGCAGCUGGGGACAACAGAGUGCUCCACGAGCUGUGGGAAAGGAUCCCAGUAUCCAAUUUUCCGCUGUGUGCACAGAACCACUCAGGAGGAGGUUCCCGAGAGCUCCUGUGACUCCAGCAUGAAGCCCACCCCAGAGGAGGAGCCCUGCAACCUCUUCCCCUGCCCAGCCUUCUGGGACAUUGGGGAGUGGUCUGAGUGCAGCAAGACCUGCGGCCUGGGUAUGCAGCAUCGCCAGGUUCUGUGUCGCCAGGUGUAUGCCAACCGCAGCCUGACAGUGCAGCCCUACCGCUGCCAGCACCUGGAGAAGCCAGAGACCACCAGCACCUGCCAACUCAAGAUCUGUAGUGAGUGGCAGAUUCGCACUGACUGGACCUCGUGCUCUGUGCCCUGCGGAGUGGGGCAGAGAACCCGGGACGUGAAGUGUGUGAGCAACCUCGGGGAUGUGGUAGAUGACGAGGAAUGCAACAUGAAGCUGCGGCCCAAUGACAUUGAGAACUGUGACAUGGGGCCCUGUGCCAAGAGCUGGUUCCUCACCGAGUGGAGUGACAGAUGUUCAGCAGAAUGUGGGGCUGGUGUGCGGACUCGCUCUGUGGUGUGCAUGACCAACCACAUCAGUAGCCUGCCCUUGGAAGGAUGUGGGAACAACCGGCCAGCUGAGUCCACCCCCUGUGAUAAUGGGCCAUGUGAAGGCAAGGUGGAGUGGUUUGCAGGGAGCUGGAGCCAGUGUUCCGUGGAGUGUGGGAGUGGGAGCCAGCAGCGAGAGGUAAUCUGUGUUAGGAAGAAUGCAGACACCUUCCAAGUACUAGACCCCUAUGACUGCUCCUUUCUGGAGAGACCCCCCAACCAACAAUCCUGCCACCUCAAACCUUGCGGGGCCAAGUGGUUUAAUACAGAAUGGAGUAUGUGUUCCAAGAGUUGCCAGGGUGGCUUCCGGGUCCGGGAAGUCCGCUGCCUGUCAGAUGACAUGACACUGAGUAACCUCUGUGAUCCUCAGUUGAAACCAGAAGAGAGGGAAUCUUGUAACACUCAGGAUUGUGUUCCUGAGGUUGAUGAGAACUGCAAGGACCGCUACUACAACUGCAACGUGGUGGUGCAGGCACGCCUGUGCGUGUACAACUAUUACAAGACAGCAUGCUGUGCCUCCUGCACACGUGUGGCCAACAGGCACCUGGGCUUCCUGGGAGGCAGAUAACCCCAUGCUGGGUAUGGACAUGCGGGCCUGAGCCCACUGUCUCCUGCCAACCUGUGGGCAUCCUUCAGAGUCACCAUGAACAUGUGU